CAUCUCACCCUCUCUCUCAUUACAUGUCAGUAGAAGCACCCGUGACCUAUCUCUCUGUCAUUGAUUCUCUGAUUCAGCUUCACUUUCCAGUGCCACCUAUAAACAAGUACUGUUAACUUGUAUAUAAACCGUUAAACAAGCCAAUUCCCACGGCACUUCUACUUCCAAACCACAUUCCUCUCCUUACUAUUCUUUUGCUCACAUUCUCUCUGAGAAUGUCAAUUUUUCAUUCCGUUUUCUAUGGUUUAGUUCUAGUUAUCAUUCUUCUACAGAAUCCCAGUUCAACACAAUGCCAUACCAAGGGAAUCAGACCCAGGCCUGGGUAUGGUUUAUCUACCAACAUGACCAGAGUUCAAUUUUCAGAAGAACAGUUCAUGAAAUGGGUGCGAUUUGUGGGUGGCCUCAAACAUUCUGUCUUUAAGACAGCAAAGAAUAAGCUUUUUCCUUCUCACACUCUGCAUGUUUCUAAGAAGUCUGGCAAAGGAGGUUUUUCGUCAAUUCAAGCAGCCAUUGAUUCCCUUCCAUUCAUCAAUGUAGUGAGAGUGGUAAUUAAGGUCCAUGCAGGGGUUUAUACGGAGAAAGUUAACAUCCCUCCUUUGAAAUCCUUCAUAACAAUACAAGGAGCUGGAGCGGAUAACACCAUUGUUCAAUGGGGUGACAGUGCUCAAAGCCAGCCAUCAGGAACCUACGGUUCUGCAACUUUUGCAGUGAAUUCACCUUUUUUCGUAGCCAAGAAUAUCACAUUCAAAAACACUGCCCCGAUUCCAGCACCAGGAGCAGUAGGAAAGCAAGCGGUGGCAUUAAGAAUUUCAGCAGACAAUGCAAUAUUCCUAGGCUGCAAAUUCUUGGGAGCACAGGACACACUCUACGAUCAUCUGGGUAGGCAUUACUAUAAGGAUUGUUAUAUCGAAGGCUCUGUCGAUUUCAUCUUUGGAAACGCUCUCUCUCUCUUUGAGGGAUGUCACGUGCAUGCAAUAGCACAAGUUACAGGGGCCCUAACAGCCCAAGGAAGGAGCAGCUUAUUACAGGACACGGGAUUCUCGUUCGUUCACUGUAAGGUCACGGGCUCAGGAGCACUUUACCUUGGAAGGGCUUGGGGUCCCUUUUCUCGCGUUGUCUUUGCUUACACUUACAUGGACAACAUCAUCAUUCCCAAAGGAUGGUAUAACUGGGGUGACCCUAACCGUGAAAUGACUGUGUUCUAUGGACAGUACAAAUGCACAGGAGCAGGAGCAAGGUACGCGGGGAGAGUAUCAUGGUCAAGGGAGCUCACUGAUGAGGAAGCUAAGCCGUUUAUUUCCCUUAGCUACAUCGAUGGCUCUGAAUGGAUCAAUCUUUCUUUUUGAUUCAAUUUUAUUUAUCUCAUUACAAAAUUUUUAUGUAUAAAUUUAUAUAAAUUAUUACACUUUUACACUGUCUUUCACAUUUCCCACUUCAACUUCUUCCUGCUUCACAUUUCUUCUAUAACUUUCUUUUUAGGGAAAGUGGGUAGGGUCCAG